AUGGGCUACCAAUAUCUCACGGUCGAGCGAAAGGGCAACGUCUUCAUAAUUACGUUACGAAAACCUCCCGAGAAUCGCCUUAAUGUUCCGUGCUGUCAAGAACUCAUCAGGGCAUAUCACUCGAUUCAGAGGGAGCUGGGACAAGAUGCUGAGGGGGCGGUGGUACUGACUGGCAGCGAUGCCAAAUUCUUCACCACGGGACUUGAUCUUGACGAGCGAGAAGGCAACAUCUUUGCAUCAAGCGACGGUUUCUACCCCCUUCUGGCAACGAUUCUCGACUUUCCGUUCCCGACAAUAGCAUGCAUAACAGGUCACGUCAUGGGCGGUGCUUGCCUCCUUACUCUCGCUCACGACUAUCGAGUGAUGAAUUCGCAACGCGGAUUUUGGCAAAUGCCUCCUGUGAAUGCUGGUCUGCAUCAUGAUGGAAUGGGUUCUUUGGUUCGGCUGAAACUCGCACCCAAGGUUGCGAGAAAGGUAUUGCUGGAGGCUCACAGGUACACGGGAAAGGAAGCACUUCAGGACGGAAUCGUGGAUGUUGUUGCCCCACCGGACAAGAUGCUCGAGGAGGCCAUCAAGCUCGCCGAGCAAUGGAAGGCUAAGGCGAAAAUGGGAGUCUAUGGGUUGCUGAGAAACGAACUAUGGGGUCAAGCUCAUUCUGCAUAUCAAGCGGUGAGUUAUGUCCAUUCCAGGCAGACAUCUAGAGAGCCCAAAGUAAAGCUUUAG